AUGACCGAGCCCACCAAGAUUAGUAUCUUGGGUCGGGAGAGCAUUGUCGCUGAUUUCGGCCUGUGGCGCAACUACGUCGCAAAGGACCUGAUCAGCGGCCUGCCCUCGACCACAUACGUUCUGAUCACCGAUACCAAUCUUGGAUCGAUCUAUACCCCUGGUUUUCAAAAGACUUUUGAAGUCGCCGCCGCCGACGUUUCCCCCGCCCCUCGCCUUCUCGUUUACCAUGCCCCACCGGGAGAGAGCUCAAAGUCGCGACAGACAAAAGCCGAUAUUGAGGAUUGGAUGCUCAGCCAGAGUCCGCCAUGUGGCAGAGAUACCGUGGUGGUUGCGUUAGGUGGUGGAGUAAUUGGAGACUUGACCGGCUUCAUCGCUGCCACUUACAUGCGUGGAGUCCGCUAUGUGCAGGUUCCCACCACACUGCUGGCCAUGGUUGAUUCCUCAAUUGGAGGCAAGACCGCCAUCGACACCCCGCUGGGAAAGAACCUUAUCGGUGCUAUCUGGCAGCCAUCAAGAAUCUACAUUGAUCUCGAGUUCUUAGAGACACUUCCCGUGCGUGAGUUCAUCAACGGCAUGGCCGAGGUGAUCAAGACCGCGGCGAUCUCGAGCGAAGAGGAGUUCACCGCGCUGGAGAAUAACGCGGAUGCAAUUCUCGGCGCCGCCCGUAGUGAGGCAAAGCCUGGCCAGGGCCGCUUCGAUGGUAUUCGUGACAUCUUGAAGGCCCGGAUUCUGGCCUCUGCGCGCCACAAGGCAUUUGUUGUCUCCGCUGACGAGCGGGAGGGUGGCCUGCGUAACCUCUUGAACUGGGGACACUCUAUUGGCCAUGCCAUCGAAGCAAUUCUUACCCCUCAGAUCCUUCACGGAGAGUGUGUUGCCAUUGGUAUGGUAAAGGAGGCUGAGCUCGCCAGACACCUGGGUAUCUUGAAGGGCGUCGCUGUCGCACGUAUCGUCAAGUGUAUCUCCGCCUACGGUCUGCCCACCUCAAUGAAGGAUUCGCGGGUACGCAAGCUUACUGCUGACAAACACUGCUCCGUGGACCAGCUGCUGUUCAACAUGGCCCUGGAUAAGAAGAACGACGGCCCGAAGAAGAAGGUUGUUCUUCUGUCUGCCAUCGGUCGCACCCAUGAGCCCAAAGCUAGUGUUGUCUCUAAUGAGGACAUUGGCGUUGUCCUAGCGCCUAGCGUCGAGGUGCAUCCUGGAGUUCCCAAGACGCUGAAUGUGACUUGCUCGCCUCCCGGAUCUAAGAGUAUCUCAAACCGAGCUCUUGUUCUCGCCGCUCUUGGCUCGGGCACCUGCCGCAUUAAGAACCUUCUGCACUCUGAUGAUACCGAGGUCAUGUUGAAUGCCUUGGAGCGCCUUGGCGCCGCAACCUUCUCCUGGGAAGAGGAGGGUGAAGUGCUUGUUGUGAAUGGCAUGGGUGGAAAGAUCACUGCAAGCCCCACCCCCCUCUAUUUGGGUAAUGCUGGAACUGCUUCCCGAUUCUUGACCACCGUUGCGACAUUGGCUACCCCUAGCAGCGUGGAUUCAAGCAUCUUGACUGGCAACAACCGAAUGAAACAAAGGCCAAUCGGUGACCUCGUCGACGCUCUGACUGUGAACGGAGCUAGCGUUGAAUAUAUGGAGCGCAAGGGCAGCUUGCCCCUCAAGAUUGCGGCAUCUGGUGGUUUCGCUGGCGGUAAAAUCAACUUGGCCGCCAAGGUCUCCUCGCAGUACGUGUCUUCUCUUCUCAUGUGCGCUCCCUAUGCCAAGGAGCCGGUGACCCUGAAGCUGGUUGGUGGCAAGCCCAUCUCCCAGCCCUAUAUCGACAUGACCACCGCCAUGAUGAGAUCUUUCGGCAUCGAUGUACAGAAGUCUACUACCGAGGAGCACACCUACCACAUUCCCCAGGGUCACUACGUGAAUCCCGCUGAGUAUGUUGUAGAAAGCGAUGCUAGCUCUGCUACCUACCCUCUUGCCAUUGCUGCCAUCACUGGUACCACUUGCACCGUCCCCAACAUUGGCUCAAAGUCCCUGCAGGGCGAUGCUCAGUUCGCUGUUGAUGUCCUCAGACCGAUGGGCUGCUCGGUUGAGCAGACCGAUACAUCUACCACCGUUACUGGGCCCUCUAAUGGCAUUCUUCGCCCCCUCCCUAAUGUGGAUAUGGAGCCAAUGACCGACGCUUUCCUCACUGCAUCUGUUCUUGCUGCUGUUGCUCGUGGCGAGGGCUCAAACCAUACCACUCGUAUCUACGGAAUCGCCAACCAGCGUGUCAAGGAAUGCAACCGUAUCAAAGCUAUGAAGGAUGAGCUCGCAAAGUAUGGUGUUGUCUGCCGUGAGCAUGAUGAUGGUCUGGAGAUUGACGGUAUCGACCGGUCUACCCUUCGUCAGCCCGCUGGUGGUAUUUACUGCUACGAUGACCACCGUGUCGCAUUCAGCUUCAGUGUUCUCUCCCUUGUGGCGCCCAAGUCCACUCUCAUUCUCGAGAAAGAGUGUGUUGGCAAGACAUGGCCGGGCUGGUGGGAUACCCAGAAACAACUGUUUGGCGUUAAACUCGAAGGUAAGGAGCUGAAGGAGGAUGAACUGGCCGCUUCUGGUCGCGAAGAGAGAGCUAGCGCUUCUGUCUUUAUCAUUGGUAUGCGUGGUGCUGGCAAGACUACUGCUGGCAACUGGGUUGGGAAGAGCCUCGACCGUCCUUUCAUCGAUCUUGACAUCGAGCUGGAAAGGGUUGAAGGUCUCAGCAUUCCUGACAUGAUCAAGCAACGCGGCUGGCAAGGAUUCCGUGAUGCUGAAUUGGCCCUUCUCCAGCGCACAAUGAAGGAUCGGCCCAACGGCUACGUCUUUGCUUGUGGUGGCGGUGUUGUUGAAAUACCCGAGGCCCGAAAGCUUCUCACUGAUUACCAUAAGAAUAAGGGUAACGUUUUGCUCAUCAUGCGGGAUAUCAAGCAAGUGAUGGACUUCUUGCAAAUUGACAAGACUCGCCCGGCCUAUGUGGAGGACAUGAUGGGCGUGUGGCUGCGCCGCAAGCCUUGGUUCCAGGAAUGCAGCAACAUCCAGUAUUACAGCCAGCACUCAAACACCACAGAGCUUGCCCUGGCGUCUGAGGAUUUCUCGCGUUUCAUGAACAAUGUGACCGGUCGGGCAGAUAGCCUGAGCAUCAUCAAGAAGAAAAAGCACAGCUUCUUUGUUUCGUUGACUUUGCCCGACCUUCGUCAAUGUGGCGAUACCCUGCAUGAGGCCUGCAUCGGAUCCGAUGCUGUCGAAUUGCGAGUGGAUCUUCUGAAAGAUCCAGCUUCAGAUAGCGAUAUUCCUUCUGUGGACUUUGUUGCCGAGCAGAUGUCUUUCCUCCGCCGACGGGUCACCCUUCCCCUCAUCUUCACUAUUCGUACCAAGAGCCAAGGAGGCCGCUUCCCCGAUGAUGCCCACGAAGCUGCCUCGGCACUGUACCGUUUGGCUUUUCGCUCGGGCUGCGAGUUUGUUGACCUUGAGAUUGCCUUCCCUGAUGAGAUGCUUCGUGCUGUCACCGAAAUGAAGGGACACUCGAAGAUUAUUGCCUCGCAUCAUGACCCUGAAGGCAAGCUCUCUUGGGCCAACAUGUCGUGGAUUCCGUCUUAUAACCGUGCUCUGGAGUACGGGGAUGUGAUCAAGCUCGUAGGCGUCGCGAAGAGUCUUGACGACAACACUGCUUUGAGGAAGUUCAAGACUUGGGCUGCGGAGGCUCACGAAGUGCCAUUGAUUGCCAUUAACAUGGGCGACAAGGGUCAGCUCAGCCGUAUCCUCAACGGCUUCAUGACGCCGGUGUCCCACCCCAGCCUUCCAUUCAAGGCUGCUCCUGGUCAACUGUCUGCCACCGAGAUUCGCAGAGGUCUUUCACUGAUGGGUGAGAUCAAGACCAAGAAGUUCGCUGUCUUCGGCUCGCCUGUUUCUGGCUCGCGAUCACCAGCCCUCCACAAUACCCUCUUUCUGGAGACUGGUCUUCCCCACGAGUACGGUCGUCUGGAAACCACCAACGUUGAGGAUGUCAAGGACUUUAUUCAUUCACCUGACUUUGGCGGUGCCUCUGUGACUAUUCCACUGAAGCUUGACAUCAUGCCCCUUCUUGACGAGGUCGCCCAGGAAGCCGAGAUCAUUGGCGCCGUCAACACCAUUGUCCCCGUAGCUAACGGUGACAAGCCCCAGCGUCUCGUGGGUUAUAACACCGACUGGCAAGGCAUGGUCCGCUGCCUACGCAACGCAGGGGUCUACGGCUCCGCCGGUACUCAGAGUGCCGUUGUUAUCGGCGGUGGUGGUACGGCUCGUGCUGCCAUCUAUGCCCUCCACAGCAUGGGCUUCUCUCCCAUUUACGUUGUUGGACGUGAUGCCAGCAAGCUAGAGGGCAUGGUUUCUACCUUCCCCACCAGCUACAACAUCCGUGUUGUGGACAACCACGCUCAACUGGACACUGUCCCUCAGGUUGCCGUCGGUACUAUUCCUGCUGAUCGUCCCAUCGACCCUGCUAUGCGCGAAACCCUCUGCCACAUGUUCGAGCGCGCUCAGGAGGCCGACAGUGCUCUGAUUGGCAAGACUGUCGAUGCUCACUCCCCUCGUGUUCUCCUCGAGAUGGCUUACAAGCCUGCCGUGACGGCACUCAUGCAGCUGGCUUCCGACGCGGGCUGGAAGUCUAUUCCUGGCCUAGAGGUUCUUGUCGGUCAAGGCGUGAACCAGUUUAUCUACUGGACCGGCAUCACUCCUCUUUACCAUGUUGCUAGAGAUGCUGUCAUGGGCACCGAUUAUGCGUAG